AGGUGUUUAAAGUUUUAAUAAAUUGGAAUUGCAUUUGAAUUAUAAGUCAUAUUUAACACAUACGACUCUUGAGUUGCAGAUGUUACUUUUGACUCUGUUAAACUAUGCUAUUUUUUUAAUUAAAUUUUGAAUUGUGUUAUUUUUUCCAAUUUUUAUUCUUAUUGUGCUACUUUGAAAAAAAUAAUCAGGGAUAUAAUUGCAAAUGCUAAACUAACCGGACUAGAACGAAACAAUGGUGGAAUCUAUGUGGUGCAAAAUAUACUUCACCUAAUCCAGAUCGGGCUCCGGAUCCGAACGAUCACAAUAUUAUGAUAUUAUCCCUCUGUGAAUUGUCUCUCUUUCCCCCUCUCUACAUUUGAAAUCGGAGCACGGAGCUAAUAAUCGGUUCAGGUAUGGAGGAUGGUAACAUGCAAGAGCAGGUUAACGGAAAUCUUUCCGAGGAUAAAAGCUGCAUGCCUUCAUAUAAACAGGAGGAGGAAGCUGUAAAGAAGAAAUAUGGAGGAAUAAUGCCUAAGAAACCACCUCUUAUUUCUAAGGACCAUGAGCGUGCAUUCUUUGAUUCUGCUGAUUGGGCGCUUGGAAAGCAAGGUGCUGAGAAGCCCAAAGGACCACUAGAAGCCCUACGGCCUAAAUUACAGCCCACACAACAGCAAACACGAUACCGGAAGUCUCCUUAUGCCCCGGCAGAUGGGGAAGAUGGAGGAAGUGCUCCAUCCGAGGAUGCAACUGCCAAUGAAUGAGAAGUUACUAUAGAAUAUAGAUCUCUUGUGGGGACUUGAUUGUUAUUCUAAUACCUACAUUAUUGGUGAGUAAUUUUCUGUUAUCUGCUACCAUAAAGUUUGGAUAUUUCUGAAAAGAAACUAAUAUAUAGACAACAUUUUGUAAGUUGGAGAGGGUCCAUUCUUCACUACGCAUAAUUCAAAAAGCCUUAUCCAUUA